CUUUUUUGAGAUUCUCCAGGAUGGAAGCAGCUCAAACGGAAACUACAGCUACUAGAGACUCUCAUAUACCUAGUAGCCUCAAUCCAAACGCCAGUGCAUUUACUCCUUCUGCCACGCCACAACCGGCUUCUCCUCAGCAAUCCGCCGUCUCGCAGGCGUUCAAGCCACAAGUGAAAUACUGCUACUACGAGCAAUUUGGUCAAUGCAAUAAAGGUGAUGCAUGUCCUUUCACACAUCGAAGCCAAGAACAGUGCUGGUACGAAGCCAAUGGAGGCUGUAAAAGAGGUGCUGCGUGUUUGUUCAAGCACACUGGCAUAACAUCAAGCAACGGUGAGUAACUUGAGAUGACUUAUUAAUUUCGUUUGUAGCAAUAAGGCACAACAAUGGAAUCAAAUCCUGGAAAUUGGCAAGCAUAAACUGAUAUUCGAACCCAUCAUGAACAAAAAUAGAUGCUGCCAGCCCUACAACAGGGGAAACCGUAGUCGAUA